AUGGGGGGACUAUGCAGCGCGGAGGAGGAUUCGGAUGUGGAGGAGGAGGAGGAGGAGGCGGAAGAAGAGGAGGAGGACCUUCAAGUCGCUUUGGGGAAGGCACAGCUGCAAGACCUCGACAAGAUGUCGGUUCAGCAGAUUCCAAACCCAGCUGCCGUUGCAAAAGUUCUUCCAACCAGGAUGCUUCCGCUAUACGUGCCGGCAGCCAAGAAGGAGGCUGGCCACUGGAAAGAGGAGAAACUGUGGUCGCGCGCACGUGAGGCGAAAGGUCUGGAUGCUCUGAAAGAGCGGUCAACACCCUCGCCACCAGAUGGUGCUCCAUCAUGGAAGGCUGCUGCGCUGAGAAACUUGAAAAGGCUGGAUGAGUCUGUGAUCCUUCACAACGGCGUCGUGUGCCGUCUGAAGGAAAGCACCAUGGAGGAAUGGGUGGAGGAAUGGGAAAAUCGCCCGCAGCAAUCUCACAGCGCUGGCGGCAGAGGGCGGGAAUGUUCGCUGCUUUAUCUCCAUUGA